AGCCUGAAAUCUUAUACAUUACAGGAGGACUCAUCUUCAAGAAAACUCAGUGCUGCUGAGAGUACCCAAGAGGAAAAAGAGGUGAGCAGAAGUAACAGUCACAAAUUGGAGUGUAGGGAGGACACAUUUGGACAAUUAUUCUACAAAGUGGCUACCCAUUCCUUGUCACUGAAUUAUCACUCUACAAUAGGAAUAAAAGCCCCGAGUUACUAGGAUCAAGAUGAUUCUUGACCUUUCUGGUCAUCAUUCAACUGUAUUUACCCUCCUACCAAGCACAAAAAAGCUUUGUGAGGAAUUUUAGGACUCCUGCACAGGGAUUUGGUGUUAGCAGUUUAGGGGCACAUAAUUCUCGAUUUCUGGGACUUGCCUUCCAUGAUGAGGAGGAAAAGGAAAGUGUGAGAAACAGAAUGAGAGAGAGUGCCCAGGAUAUCCUAAAACCUUAUACAUUACAGGAGGACUCAUCUUCAAGAAAACUCAGUGCUGCUGAGAGUACCCAAGAGGAAAAAGAGGUGAGCAGAAGUAACAGUCACAAAUUGGAGUGUAGGGAGGACACAUUUGGACAAUUAUUCUACAAAGUGGCUACCCAUUCUUUGUCACUGAAUUAUCACUCUACAAUAGGAAUAAAAGCCCCGAGUUACUAGGAUCAAGAUGAUUCUUGACCUUUCUGGUCAUCAUUCAACUGUAUUUACCCUCCCACCAAGCACAAAAAAGCUUUGUGAGGAAUUUUAGGACUCCUGCUCAGGGAUUUGGUGUUAGCAGUUUAGGGGCACAUAAUUCUCGAUUUCUGGGACUUGCCUUCCAUGAUGAGGAGGAAAAGGAAAGUGUGAGAAACAGAAUGAGAGAGAGUGCCCAGGAUAGCCUGAAACCUUAUACAUUACAGGAGGACUCAUCUUCAAGAAAACUCAGUGCUGCUGAGAGUACCCAAGAGGAAAAAGAGGUGAGCAGAAGUAACAGUCACAAAUUGGAGUGUAGGGAGGACACAUUUGGACAAUUAUUCUACAAAGUGGCUACCCAUUCUUUGUCACUGAAUUAUCACUCUACAAUAGGAAUAAAAGCCCCGAGUUACUAGGAUCAAGAUGAUUCUUGACCUUUCUGGUCAUCAUUCAACUGUAUUUACCCUCCCACCAAGCACAAAAAAGCUUUGUGAGGAAUUUUAGGACUCCUGCUCAGGGAUUUGGUGUUAGCAGUUUAGGGGCACAUAAUUCUCGAUUUCUGGGACUUGCCUUCCAUGAUGAGGAGGAAAAGGAAAGUGUGAGAAACAGAAUGAGAACCAGAGUACCCAGGAUAGCCUGAAACCUUAUACAUUACAGGAGGACUCAUCUUCAAGAAAACUCAGUGCUGCUGAGAGUACCCAAGAGGAAAAAGAGGUGAGCAGAAGUAACAGUCACAAAUUGGAGUGUAGGGAGGACACAUUUGGACAAUUAUUCUACAAAGUGGCUACCCAUUCUUUUUCACUGAAUUAUCACUCUACAAUAGGAAUAAAAGCCCCGAGUUACUAGGAUCAAGAUGAUUCUUGACCUUUCUGGUCAUCAUUCAACUGUAUUUACCCUCCCACCAAGCACAAAAAAGCUUUGUGAGGAAUUUUAGGACUCCUGCUCAGGGAUUUGGUGUUAGCAGUUUAGGGGCACAUAAUUCUCGAUUUCUGGGACUUGCCUUCCAUGAUGAGGAGGAAAAGGAAAGACUGAGUGAGAAAGAAUGAGAACCAGAGUACCCAGGAUAGCCUGAAACCUUAUACAUUACAGGAGGACUCAUCUUCAAGAAAACUCAGUGCUGCUGAGAGUACCCAAGAGGAAAAAGAGGUGAGCAGAAGUAACAGUCACAAAUUGGAGUGUAGGGAGGACACAUUUGGACAAUUAUUCUACAAAGUGGCUACCCAUUCUUUGUCACUGAAUUAUCACUCUACAAUAGGAAUAAAAGCCCCGAGUUACUAGGAUGAAGAUGAUUCUUGACCUUUCUGGUCAUCAUUCAACUGUAUUUACCCUCCUACCAAGCACAAAAAAGCUUUGUGAGGAAUUUUAGGACUCCUGCUCAGGGAUUUGGUUUUGGCAGUUUAGGGGCACAUAAUUCUUGAUUUCUGGGACUUGCCUUCCAUGAUGAGGAGGAAAAGGAAAGUGUGAGAAACAGAAUGAGAGAGAGUGCCCGGGAUAGCCUGAAACCUUAUACAUUACAGGAGGACUCAUCUUCAAGAAAACUCAGUGCUGCUGAGAGUACCCAAGAGGAAAAAGAGGAGGACUCACCUACAAGAAAACUCAGUGCUGCUGAGAGCACCCAAGAGGAAAAAGAGGAGGACUCACCUACAAGAAAACUCAGUCUUGCUGAGAGCACCCAAGAGGAAAAAGAGGAGGACUCAUCUUCAAGAAAACUCAGUGUUGCUGAGAGCAUCCAAGAGGAAAAAGAGGAGGACUCACCUACAAGAAAACGCAGUGCUGCCGAGAGCACCCAAGAGGAAAAAGAGGAGGAUUCACCUACAAGAAAACUCAGUGUUGCUGAGAGCACCCAAGAGGAAAAAGAGGAGGACUCACCUACAAGAAAACUCAGUGUUGCUGAGAGCACCCAAGAGGAAAAAGAGGAGGACUCAUCUUCAAGAAAACUCAGUGCUGCUGAGAGCACUCAAGAGGAAAAAGAGGAGGCCUCAUCUUCAAGAAAACUCAGUUCUGCUGAGAGCACCCAAGAGGAAAAGGAGGAGGCCUCAUCUUCAAGAAAACUCAGUUCUGCUGAGAGCACCCAAGAGGAAAAAGAGAAGGACUCACCUACAAGAACACUCAGUGCUGCUGAGAGCACCCAAGAGGAAAAAGAGAAUGGUGUACCUUUAAGAAAAUUCAGACCUUCUGAGGAACUUUCUGAAGAGGAGGAAGAGUAUUGGAGUGAAGCAAUGGAUGAUACCUGGAGUAUCAGGGAUAAGAUGCAAUUGAAAAAGGACUCAUCUGCAGGAAAACUCAGUGAUUCUGAGAAGACUCCACAGGAAACAGAAAGUGAUAUGGAUGAAAUGCAUAGCACAAUAGCUGAGAGUGAGAUUUUCAAAGAGCCCUUCUGACUUGAUGUACAACAGUUGGAGUCAGCUACAAUCAAGCUUGAGGCUGCUGAGAAGGAGAGAGAGCAAAAGGAAAAAGAGGUUAACAAGUGGACGUUUCAGCAGCACUCAAUUAGUAUGAACACAUUGGAAGAAGCUGACCACCUUAAGAAACUUAAAAUAAAGAGAUAAAAAGAAA